CCCUUUCAAUGGACGAUUCACUGUCGCUGUCCGAGUCGCAGAACAAGCGCCUGCGUGACUUUCACCUCUCCGGCGAGUCGGAAGAGCUUGCUGAAUCCUUGAUGAAGAUCCUCCGCAUCCCAGAGGGCGGCAACCCGCAGCAGAAGCGCGUCGUAGUGCAAGUCUUUGUCAAUCGCAUCUUUUCCGUCAACGACGUCGAAGCCUCCGUCAACCUCGACUUUUACCUCAAGGUCAAUUGGAUUGACGAAAAGUACAUUGGCGUGUCGGACGACGACUUCCAGGACGACGAGCAAAAGUUCGAGGAGGGCUGGUGGGAACCAGGCGUGGAAGUGAGCAAUGCGAUCGAGCUCGAAAAGCUCAUUGAAAAGGACGAGGCCUUCUGGGUCGAGCAUCCUGCGCACGGCAUUCUGGCGUACACCCAGCGUUUCAUCGGCACCAUUUCGACACCCAUGGAGCUCCAGCACUUCCCUUUCGAUUCCCAAAAGAUCCCGAUCGUGUUCGAGUCCUUCCACUGGAAGGCCGAGGACAUGCUCAUGUUCCGCCUCGAAAAGCACGCUGUGCAGUUCAACCCUGGCCCGAACAAGGAGUGGCCGACCAUGAGCAUGGCUGUGACGCUUCCCGAGUGGUACAAGAUGGGCAUCACCCUCGACGACCGCAUCAACUACUACUCGUUCGAAGACCGCAACUACUCGCAGAUUGUCUUUGCCCUCCAUGUCAAGCGCAACUUUAAGUUCUUCCUGUACAAGGUCUAUGCCAUGGUCUUCCUCAUCCAGAUCAUGAACUGGAGUAUCUUUGUGCUCGAUCCCGACCAGCUCGAUGCGCGUAUCGGCAUUGCCGUCACCUUGUUCCUUGCCGCUGUCGCCUUCAACUUUGUCCUCGCUUCCACCUUGCCACGCAUCAGCUACAACACUCGUCUCGAUUGGUACAUUUUGAUUGCAUACGUGUACAUUGUCGUUGCCCUUGUUGAAAGCUGUAUUGUCUUCCUGAUCGCCAAGUACCAUACCGAGUCCGACGCCUGGGACAUUGCUAAAAACAUUGAUUGGGCCUUCCUCGCCUUCUGUCCGUUUAGUUUCUUCCUGUACAACCUGAAGUACUUUAUUUCCGCCUGGCUCUUGUAUCGCAAGGAUCGUUUCAAGCGCUCGUUGGCGCCCGAGCAACUGGCCAAUGCUCCGCCUCGCCAGACCAACCGCCCCCAGCAAUCGAGCCAGGCGAUGGAGAUGACUCGCAAUCCUAUCAGCAAAGCUGCUGCGCAAUAGAGCGAGUUUUGUUGUGUUACUUUCGUGCAACAGAAAGAGAGAGAUAAUGAGUACUUUUGUGUAAGUGAGAAAGAGAAGUUAAAGCCCAAAUAACAACAAUAGCAAACAAAAGGUCAAAUAAC